AUGACUCUGACGAUGAACGUCUGCAUUUUGAAGAGCGACUUGAUCCAGCUGAAGAUACAGUUUCUGAUGAGUAAGUGAUUUAGUUUUACUUAAAUUAUUUGACGUGUUUUUUCUAUAUAAGCGUACAUAUAUAUUUGUCUUAUAUUUACAUCUAGGCCUAUCUAUAUAACUCUAUAUAACUUUAUCUCAUAAAAAUGCUUAUAAAUAGAAUGCUUUUCUGUUGAUAUUCGACUUGUUAUUAAUAUGCAUAGAUACGUUGGAUACACGCGUUAGAUCGAUUAACUGCAUGCAGUUGAAUAGCAUAUUAUGAUAGACGUGAAUGUGCUAAAAUAUGCUUGGUUGUGAAAUGCGCGAACGUGUUGCUAUUCACUAAAUGUGCUAACUGAUAUAGCAGACUGUAACGUUUACACAUUCGCACACUUUGUCCGGUAAUGGCCAAUUGACAGACAUAUACAGCAUGCUUGUAUACCUGUUAAUUUCCUGUCAGUUAUGCAUAGCUAAUGGUAUGAGAGUAGUAUCUUAUAUGCUAAUAAUAACAACAGUUUUUUUGUUUUGUUUUAGAAAUGUGGAUCCAUCACUCUCGCAUUCACCUGCAAUUCUCACUAAGAGGGCACCCAGCAACACAGGCGAUAAUGAUAAUGAGAAAGAAAAUGUGGAUCCAUCACUCUCACAUUCACCUGCAAUUCCCACUAAGAGGGCACCCAGCAACACAGGCGAUAAUGAGAAAGACUAUAGCCCUAAUGAGAGUGCUCCAAAACCCCUUGCAAAAAAGGCCAAGAAAAACAUUCAGACAAGCAACAGGCAUUCAGCUCUGUCAUGGAAAACAGAUAAUGACACUGACAUGGUUCCACAGACUCUGAGAUUCCUACCUGCACGGGAACCUGGACCACAGCUGCGUCCUGCUGAUGAACACACUCCUAAGAGUCUCUUCAAAAUGUUCAAAAUGCAAGGAAUAAUGCCACCGCUGGUCGUCGGAACUGCAUGCUUUGCAAAGUACAGCUUGGUAAAAGGCAAGACACACCUUGGAAAUGCCAGGCAUGUGACAUUUACUUGUGUCUUCAGUUGAAAAGGAACUGUUUUCAAAAAUGGCACACAGAUGUGUGACUGUUCAGAUUCUCUGUUCACCACCUCUCACUGACCAUUGGGCUGCAAAGAUUAUCUAUAUGUGAUCAAGCAGGUUAUGUAUAGGGUGUAAAAGUGGGCUUUUUUUAUAAACCUUACCUUUAUUUGCCUGUAUACACAAAAUGUGCCUUUGACCCUAGUUUAUAUGUGGAUUAUAUUGUUAACUUUAUUUUAAAUAAAAAAGAAAAAAA